AGACUCUAGAGGUGGUAAGGACAGGGCUUCUACGGUAGGUCUGGCGUCCGCGGAAUUCUGCAGAUCUGAGGCGAGCUUGCACGUUACAUCAGUGGGGCAUCUCUGCUUGCUUGCUUAAGAUGCCACCACUUAGGCCUCUGUUGCAGAAAUCGCCAUAGACUUUUAAGGGUCGCAGAAUCGGGACGACUUUGGUGACUGAUUUGUACACUCCCGGCAGAUCUGUGUGCAUGAGUUGCACGCAGACGUGGGUUGUAGGAGGUUUCAUUUUCCCCAGCUUUACAGCUAAUCUUUGGCCCCGUUAGCUUCUCAGAACGGGCUUCCCCAGCAUCGACUGAAAGCUGAGGAGUGAAAACUCAGAAAAGCAAUUACUCGUUCCUGGUGAGUCUUCCGGAGGAUCAAGAAUAGCUAACAACCUGAUUUCACUUGUAGACGUAUAGAGAUUGGUCCCUUUGUCUUAGCCUCACAAUCGUGUCCUGUUAACGUUCCUGUGUUGUUUAAGUGCCAAAAUGAGUGACCGCUAUCUAGAACAAAGGAUUAGUAUAAAAUUUUGCGUGAAAUUGAACAAGUCUGCAAGUGAGACCCACCACCUUUUAAAAGAAGCUUAUGGGAAUGAAGUCAUGUCGAGGGCCAGAGUUUUUGACUGGCACAAAAGGUUUAAAGAAGGACGGGAAGAUGUUCGAGAUGAUGCCCGAAGUGGCCGUCCAGUUACCCACCGGACAGAUGAAAAUAUCCAGAAGGUCAAGGAUUUGGUUUGUUCAAACAGGCAGUUAACAGUGAGGAUGAUGGCUGAAGAGUUAAAUUUAAAUAAAGAAACUGUUAGACUCAUUCUGAAAGAAAACUUGAACAUGAGAAAAGUUUCUGCCACCAUUAUAUCAGGUAUUUUGAAGGAUGACCCUAAACCUCAAAAACUUGACUUUCUUUCUGAUAUUUCCAAAGAAACUAGAAAAAAUAGCUUGUGUGUGAAGAAAAAGGUAACAAGUUCUGAAACAUGGAGUCAUCUCCAGUGUGAAGCUGGUGAGGAAAUGCCUCUGCCUGUAUCUCAUCCCAGAAUCCACUAUCCUGCCAGCCAGCUUCUGCAGGCCUCAUCUUCAACAAGCCUUCCCACCAGGGCAGCUCAGGAUUGGUUCACACCAUGGUGAAAGGACUGUGAGGUAUCAGAACCUGAACUAGAAUGCUGCCUCACUAUUAGGCACCUUCAUUUACUGCUCAUCUAUUUUUAGUCUUCUCUACCACCCAUCCAUACAGGUCAUGGCUCUCCUAGUUACUCUGCUGGACUGUUGGGCCAUCUUCCUUGCUGUUCUCCACAACUUUGAAGAACCCUUUGGCUGUUAACUUCUGGUUCUUGUUUGAUCUUGAUUUCUCUUGCUUAACAAGUAUAGACAAAA